CUUAAGCUUCUGCACUUAGUUUCAUCAUGUAAAAAAAAUAAGAGAUUAUAAAAUUAAAGAUAAUAUAUAAUAAUAUCUACAUGUGUCUAAUAAGGGCAUCUGACAUACACAAUGGUUGUAGGUGUUAGGCGAGUUUACAAAUUUUUUUUAAACCACAGUGCCAGUUACACAGAAAGCACUGGUGUUUUUUUCCUCAUCAUGCGAGAGACAGCGAGAAGUUUCAGAAAGUUCACACUCAUCUACAAGGAAGGAGGCAUAAUUAUCUUGUUAUGUAGUAUUUUCAAGAAAAGAAAAGUAGUAUUUUCAAGAAAAGAGGCUAAUUCUGCUUCAUGUCCUAGGAGAGGAGAUAGAAGGUAAUACAAACUUUGAUAAUUAAAGACAAGGGAAUGGAUUCCCCACAGGUAAAAAUUUAAGCUUCUGUCUUUUUAUUCAUCUGUCAAUAGCAAUAAAGAUUCCAACUAUGCUUUCUCUGAUGAUGGAAACAUAAAAACAUGUAAGAUACUUAUAGAUUUUUGCCUUUCCAGGAACCUAAAAUCACAUUGAAAAUACACACUAUUCAUAUCAGUACUAAGAGGUAAAAAGCACAUUCAUCAUGGCAUGGGAGAAUCAGACCUUCAACUCUGACUUCAUCCUCCUGGGAAUCUUCAAUCACAGCCCACCACACACCUUCCUCUUCUUUCUGGUCCUGGGCAUCUUUUUAGUGGCCUUCAUGGGAAACUCUGUCAUGGUUCUCCUCAUCUACCUGGACACCCAGCUCCACACCCCCAUGUACUUCCUCCUCAGCCAACUGUCCCUCAUGGACCUCAUGCUCAUCUGCACCACCGUACCCAAGAUGGCCUUCAACUACCUGUCUGGCAGCAAGUCCAUUUCUAUGGCUGGUUGUGUCACACAAAUUUUCUUCUAUAUAUCACUGUCUGGCUCUGAAUGUUUUCUUUUGGCUGUUAUGGCUUAUGACCGCUAUAUUGCUAUUUGCCACCCUCUAAGAUACACCAAUCUCAUGAGUCCUAAAAUUUGUGGACUUAUGGCUACCUUCUCCUGGAUCCUGGGCUCUACAGAUGGAAUCAUCGAUGCUGUAGCCACAUUUUCCUUCUCCUAUUGUGGGUCUCGGGAAAUAGCCCACUUCUUCUGUGAAUUCCCUUCCCUACUAAUCCUCUCAUGCAAUGACACAUCAAUACUUGAAGAGGUUAUUUUCAUCUGCUGUAUAGUAAUGCUUGUUUUCCCUGUUGCAAUCAUCAUUGCUUCCUAUGCUCGAGUUAUUCUGGCUGUCAUUCACAUGGGAUCUGGAGAGGGUCGUCGCAAAGCUUUCACGACCUGUUCCUCUCACCUCAUGGUGGUGGGAAUGUACUAUGGAGCAGCUUUGUUCAUGUACAUACGGCCCACAUCUGAUCACUCCGCUAUGCAGGACAAGAUGGUGUCUGUAUUCUACACCAUCCUCACUCCCAUGCUGAAUCCCCUCAUCUACAGCCUCCGCAACAAGGAGGUGACUAGAGCAUUCAUGAAGAUCUUAGGAAAGGGCAAGUCUGGAGAGUGAGUUACCUCAUAAACUUUAUGUUUUGCUGUUUGCUAAAUUCUUCUUUCUAAUAUCCAUCUUUUUCUAUGAUGUCAAAAUACUAGCAUUGAUUAUGUACAUUGCCUAACAUAUUUAUGGGCACCUAUACAAUUUAUUUCAGGUAAA